AUGGCUGACUCCAAGGCGCACGAUGCCAUUGCGCCGGUGGAUGGGCCCCAGCCGCCUUUAUACCCCUCCGAGGGCCGACCGUCCGACUCCUCUAUGAAGACAGUCAUUCAGAAUGCCAAGGCGGCAACGGAGAAGGAGCAGAGAAUGACAUUGCUUCAGGGUAUCAAAUUGUACCCAAAGGCUGUCGCUUGGAGUGUUCUCAUCUCGACCUGCAUUGCCAUGGAGGGCUACGAUAUCAGUCUGGUGAACAACUUCUACGCAUUCGACCAAUUCAACAGGAAAUACGGUACACAGCUGGCGGAUGGGUCUUAUCAAGUAUCGGCACAGUGGCAAGCAGGUCUGAGUAACGGUGCCUACGCCGGUGAAAUUAUUGGUCUGUUCAUCAACGGAUGGGCUUCGGAGCGGUUUGGAUAUCGGUAUACCAUCAUGGCUUGUCUGCUACUCGUGACUGCCUGGACCGCCAUCUUCUUCACAGCCCCGAACGUCCAGUCUCUUCUCGCGGCCGAAAUUUUGUGCGGCAUUCCUUGGGGUGUUUUCCAGACAUUGACCAUUACAUAUGCUUCCGAAGUGUGCCCCGUGGCGCUGCGAGGGUACCUGACCACCUAUGUCAACUUCUGCUGGGGUCUUGGCCAGCUCAUUGGAAUUGGUGUGAUCAUGGGCAUGCUGAACCGAGAGGACCAGUGGGCCUACAGAAUUCCCUACGGACUCCAGUGGAUGUGGCCUCUGCCUCUCUUUAUUGGAAUUGCUCUUGCUCCAGAAUCUCCUUGGUGGCUGGUUCGCAAAGGACGGACCUCGGACGCAAAGAAGGCCUUGGAACGCCUCACCAGCAAGAAUCGCGAAACUGACUUCGAUGCUGACGAGACGAUCUCCAUGAUGGUCCAUACCACUGCGUUGGAGGCUAAGAUCACCAAGGGCGCAAGCUAUUUCGACUGUUUCAAAGGCACUGACUUGCGCCGAACCGAGAUUGUCUGCAUGGUCUGGGCGAUUCAGAACCUGAGCGGAAACUCCUUUUCCAACUACUCGACAUAUUUUUUGGAGCAGGCUGGUCUCUCUUCGUCUAAUGCCUACGCGUUCGCCAUGGGCCAGUACGGCAUUAACAUGCUGGGUACUUUCGGAGCGUGGUUUCUCAUGAGUCUCGGUGUCGGUCGUCGCGCUCUAUGUCUGUGGGGACUGUGUGGCCUGUGUGCCAUGCUACUGAUCAUGGGCUUCCUGGGACUCGUCCCGUCUGAACACCGAGACGCGGCCUCUAUGGCUACGGGCUCUCUCAUGCUUGUUUGGGCACUGUUCUACCAGCUGUCGGUCGGCACCGUCAGUUAUUCCCUAGUGGCAGAACUGUCCACACGUCGGCUUCAAAUCAAGACCGUCGUCCUCGGUCGCUGCCUGUACAACAUUGUCGCCAUCGUCUGCGGCGUCCUUACACCCUACAUGCUCAACCCUGGUGCCUGGGACUGGGGCAACUAUACGGGAUUCUUCUGGGGGGGGUAUCUGCUUUCUCUGCAUCAUUUACGCCUAUUUCCGCGUGCCCGAGCCCAGUGGUCGGUCAUUUGCCGAACUCGAUCUGCUCUUCGAGCGCGGGGUCAGUGCACGCAAAUUUGCUGA